GUAUCAAAAUCAUUAGUAGCAUUUUGCGAUAACUGUCAAGUCUUUGAUAUAAUCAUUUUAGAAACCAGAAUAAGUAUUUAUUUGAUAUUCAAAAUUAAUAGCCUUCAACCUGAAAUAAUGACAAAAACAUAUUUGUUUUGGUAAUGAUCUUUUUUUUAAAUUCACAUUAGUUUUGAGUGCGUUCUGCAUGAUGACAAACCGCUUCACUCACGGCCUUUAUAAUACUUUUAUCAAACAUGAAAGUGGAAAUAAUAUAAGGCAUUCACAUGCCAAAUCAAAACUGACCAGGCGUUUUGCUUCUUCCUGCUCAUCGAGGUGCAAAGACGAUAAACUUUUAAACGCUUUCCGCAAUUGCUUGUAUAAACGUUUAAAAGAACAAGAUGUCCAAUCUGGAAACAAGGUCUCCAUUGUCGGGGCUGGCGCCGUAGGUACGGGAUGUGCUAUGGCCCUACUGUGCAAAGGCGUUACCAAUAACAUAGCCAUAUAUGAUUUGAGGAAAGAAUUUUGUUCUGCAGAGCGCCAGGAUCUCCUACAAGGAUCGCUUUUUCUCAACAAUUGUAAAAUUGACAAUCGGACAACUAUCGAGUGCACUAAAAACUCACGCGUGGUGGUGGUCACAGCUGGAGUGCGCAGCAAAGCAAACGAAUCACGCCAAAAUUUAGUCCACAGAUCGGCAGAAAUUAUCAAACAAAUUGCUCCUGAAUUAGUUAAGCAGAGCCCAAAAGCUGUCUUUAUCAUAGUAACAAAUCCAGUGGAUGUGAUGACUUGGGUUACUCGCAAGAUUACAAACCUACCCUUUGAGCGCUGUUUGAGCACCGGGUGCCAUUUAGAUACUGCGCGAUUCCGAAUGUUUAUAGCGAAGAUAUUGCGGGUAUCAACGAGCUCGGUACAUGGAAUGGUGUUGGGAGAGCAUGGGGACACGUCUGUACCAAUUUGGUCCUCUGUCAGUGUGGGUGGAACUCUAUUAAAGGACUUGUUGCCCAAUAUUGGCACUGACCAGGAUUCGAACGGAUGGUCGAAUGUACAUAAGGAUGUGGUUAAUGCUGCUUAUAAAGUAAUCGCUGGUAAGGGCUAUACAAAUUGGGCAGUUGGGCUCACCAUUUGCGACGUUGUGUCUGCUAUAUUUGAAAAUAGUAAUCGCAUCUUGACAUUGUCUACAAGUGCAAAAGGCAUGUGUGGAGUCAAAGACGACGUUUUUCUAUCGCUACCUUGUAUUGUUAACCAAGGUGGUAUUUACGGAAUAAUACGACCUCAUCUUUCAGAUUGGGAGAAAGAAAAAUUUAAGAAAUCUGCAGAAGUUGUGCUUAAUAUACAGAAUACUGUUAAAAUCUAAAG